AUGGGAGAGCCUUUAGAUAUUGCAAUAAGACGGGUUGAGGAGCUUUUACGUCAACCUGAUGAUUUAUAUAAACUGGAUAGCCUAAUUGCUCGCUUUUCUCGUGAAAAAUCUUCAGUUGAUACUCAGCUUAAAGCUAUUGUUAAGGAUCAGUUCUCUAUUAUUCAUUCAGGAUUAAUAUUGUUAAGCUCAACACAACAGCAGAUGUAUUCUAUAAGAGAAUCUAUGCUUAGGGUCGAUAAACUAUAUGCAGAGUCACAAAUGAUUGACAAUUUUUCUAUUAUAGAUAAUGCUUCCAAAAUUUAUAAAAAUUUUGAUGAUGUACAAAAGAUGACGGAAAGUUUACGGAAUUUACCAAAAGAACUUGAUAAAAUAGACAUAAUGAUGCGACAAGAUGAAGAUAAAGCAACAAGGAUGAAGAAUUUUUUAAAUAUUCAUUAUAAGCUUAAUCAAUUACAAAAUUUUAGGGACGAGGCAGUUUACCAAAGUAAAAAUGCUGGUAAUGAUGUACAAAGGACACUUGAACGUUAUUUUUCAAGAUUAAAUACUUCUUUAAAGCUAUUUGAAAAUAUGCUUUGGGUUCUUACCCAAGACAUUUUGAAAAUUGUUAAGAGUGGAAAUCAUGAUCUCGUUGUACGUUUAGCUAAAAUUAUUGAUACUGAGGAUAAACUUGACAAUGAAUUUAUUGAAAGUGAAAACCUUAAAGUCAAUAAUAAUGAUUUAUUUCCUAAAGUUAUAAAAUCUCAAAGAGGUCCACGUGUUCUUCGUAAUUAUAAACAACGAUUUUUUGAUGAAAUAAAAAUUUCUAUUGAUAUAAAUUUAAAGGAUUUUGAAGAAACAUAUGAAUUCGAUUAUAUAGCAAUUUUGGAAAACAUUUAUUGGAUUUUUGAUGAUUUACAUCUUGUAAAAAAAGAAAUAGUUCAUCUUGUUCCACCAAAAUGGAAUAUCUUUGAUAUUUUUCUUGGUUUCUAUCAUUCUGGUAUUUAUAAUAUUUUAAAAAAUAUGGUAAUUCAAGAGCCAGAUGCAAAAACUAUUUUAAAAAUGCUUGAAUUUGUAAAAAAAUAUUAUUCUAGAAUAAAUAAAGAAUUUGGUAUUACUCGAGAUAAAUUAACCCCUAGACUUUUAGAUGGUAGAGAAUCAGAUUUUAUCGAUGAUUAUCUGAAAUUAAUUGUUAAAAAAAUGGAUGAAUGGAUUUCUAAUUUGUCAAAAAAGGAAUUUAAUAGUUUUGUUAUAAGAGAAGAACAACCGGAAGUUGAUACUGAUAAUUUAUACGGUAUGCCUGGAGCGGUUAUAAUGUUUCAGAUGAUAAGUCAGCAAACAGAUGUUGCUGCAGAAAGCAAUCAAAGCAGAGUACUUUUAGGUGUUGUUAUAGAAUGUUCUCGAGUACUUCGGCGACAUAGAGAAUCAUGGGAAAAUCUUCUGCAUUCUGAAAUUACAAAGCAUAUUGACCAACCUAAUGAUGUUCCAGGGGGAUUGGCUGAAUAUAUUAUUGCACUAGCCAAUGAUCAAAUACGUUGUGCUGAUUACACUGAAGCUAUUUCAGCUCGCAUUUCACCUUGGGUUUCUGAAAAAUAUAAACUAGAGAUAUCAGACUGUCUUAGCAAAACAACAGAUGAAUUUCUUGAUCUCUCUCAUCUUUGUAUAAUUUCUCUUGUUAAACUUAUUCACAACGAUCUUAAAUCUGCCCUUUCUUCUUUUUUUACUCCUCUUUGGUAUGGAGGGAAUCAUAUGUCACUAAUUAUAAGUACAUAUAAAGAAUAUCUUAAUGACUGCAAAACACAUCUUAAUGAAAAUCUUUAUGGAAUUUUAGUAGAAGAACUUUUAAUUGAGUUUAUAGUUACAUAUUUAUCUUCUGUGAGAAAUAAAGGAUGUAGAUUUAAAACACCCGAUUGUAUUGAGCAAAUAAGGGAAGAUGUACGGUUAAUAUUUGGAUUGUUUUCUAGGUAUAUAGAUUCUAAAGAAUUGGAAUAUCAUUUUAGAGUUAUUGAGAAAAUGUUAACUUUAUUAUCUACAACUCGAAAAUUAUUUUUAGAUGAAUAUAACGCAUUUAAACGUGAUUAUUGGGAUAUCCCUCUUUGGUAUAUUGAAGAUAUUCUCACUAAAAGAGAUGAUCUUGAUAAAAGUGCUGCUAAAGAAAUUAUAGAGACUAUAAAACGCGAAGAAAUUCAAAUCGAAACUAAUAGUGAUCCUACAAUUAUGUCAAAACUCAGAAAAUAA